AUGACGGAAAAUUCGAGAAAAAGAUAUCAGUAUGAGAAGGCAAAUCUUCAACGUGCAUAUGAUGCUGUUGUGUCAGAGGGAAUGUCUGUUUAUAAGGCGUCUAGGGUAUUUUUCGUGCCAGAGCAAACUCUUAGGGACAGAGUAAAGGAAAAAGUUCCACUAACUGCAAAAUUAGGUUAUGAUAACAUUUUUACUUUCAAAGAGGAAGAAGCAUUGGCACAGCAUCUAAUAUAUAUGGCCGGAAUCGGAUAUGGUUAUACAAAAAUGGACAUUCAGAGGAUGGCAAGAGAGUAUGCACAUUCCCUAAACAAAAAGCUUCACACAAAGAAGGAAAAUACUGACCAUCUCAGUAACAAUUGGUUUUAUGGCUUUUUACGCCGCUGGCCUGACUUGAAACUGGUGAAACCACAAAAACUUUCAAUUGCUAGAGCAAAAAAUGCAUCCCCUGAAAAAUUGAAAGCUUAUUUCAAGGAACUGUCCACAAUAUUAACAAAACAUGAAUUAUCGGACAAACCAAAUCAAAUAUUCAAUAUUGACGAAACAGGAAUUUCGACUGACCAUUCGCCACCCAAAAUUGUUUGUGGAAAAGAUGUAAACCCUCAAUCCAUAACAUCUCCACGAUCUUCUACUAUCACUAUCAUUGCCGGAGGAAAUGCUGCAGGUCAUUUUUUGCCCCCAUUUUAUGUUUUCCCAGGUAAAAGAUUGAAUGCUGAAUUCCUAAAUGGUGCCAUAUCUGGAUCUUCGGGAGCAAUGAGUGAUAGUGGUUGGUCAAAUGGCAAAAUCUUUGAACAGUACCUGACAACCCAUUUUGUAGCAAAUGCCAGGAUACAAAAUCAGGACCCUGUUCUCAUCCUUUUAGAUGGACAUCGAUCCCAUAUUAGCUUAACGUUGACUGACUGGGCACAAAGAAAUAACAUAAUAUUAUUUGUUCUCCCUCCGCACAGCAGCCAUCUGACCCAGCCAUUAGAUGUUGGGGUGUUUGGGCCACUCAAAAAAAUCUAUAACAGAGAAUGUGCUGUGUUCUUACAGAAGCACCCAGGGAGAAAUAUAACUAGGUAUGAUAUUGCAGAGCUCACAGCAACACCCUACCUUAAAGCAAUGUGUCCGGACAACUUAAUUUCAGCCUUCAGAAAAACAGGUGUGUUUCCAGUUGACCCAAAAGCAAUUACAGAUCAACAGAUGGCUCCAUCAAUAAUUUAUGUAGAUGCUGAUCAACCUCAACAGAAUGUAGAGAUGACAGAAACAUGCUUCCAAGCUCAUUUUGAUCAUGAUCAUCCAAGUUCUCAAAGUCAUGAUUCUUCAAUUCAACAGGAACAUGCCACAACGGAGCCAUUAUCUCAGACACGUAUAUGUAAUGAUCCCCCACAUUUCUUCAGCAGUCGAAAAAUUACAGAAGUCCGAACAGAAAGCAAGAAAAAAAGAAAAUUCAUCCCGCCAUUCCUAGCUGGCUCUCUUUUGAAGAAAACAAACCAGGAUAUUCUGAAAUCUGCGGAAGCAAAGAAGAAGAAGAAGGUUCUUGAGGACACGCAGCCAUCCACAUCUGGAACAUCAACAACAGAAGUCAAAAAAUCCAAAAAGACCACGGAUCCGAUUAUUGAGGAUGGUAGUGACAGUGAAGGUCAAACAGAAGAUGAAGUUUGCUGUGUUUGUCAGAGGUGGGAACCAGCGGGGCUGAGAAGCAUACCCGGUAUUUUGUUUGUCCAAUGGGGGAAGUGUGACUUCUGUUCCCACUGGACUCAUUUAAAAUUCUGUACCAAUGUAAGAGUGCUUCGUACCUCGAGCACAUUCAGAUGCCCUCACUGUGAGUAA